GUCGACAUAAUGCCCAUGACUUGCGACGUCAAGUGCCGGCAAGUAGCAUCUGUUAUGUUAAUAAGUCCCUGCGGCAGGCGGGUUCCUAUCAGUCGCCCUGCGCUCUGGCUUAGCUGUUCCCUCUCCAGCGACUCGGUUUCUCGCUCCGGCGCCUCUCGACGCUCGCUGGUAGGUCUCGGCGGACCUUGGCCUCGGGUGCCGUUACUAUUGUUCUUCCAGGCUGGGCCGCAGGGGAGGGCUCUCUCCCUAAAAACCUCUCCUUUGGUCUCUCCCUCCUCCCGGCACCGUGCGGCGGAGAGCCUCAGCGGCCAGAUCACGGAUCAUCUUUCCCGAGAAAUAGAGUCAGCUCCAGCGGCUCUCCCGAGCAGCGGCCGAAGACGCUCCCGAGAGCUCCCGAAGAACCCCGGUGGUUCCCUGUCUCCGGAAAGAGCCGAAGGAGCUUUCUACCCUCGGCCCGCCGAGCCUUUCCGAAAAAGGCCGAAAAGCUCCGAGCGGCCGUCCUGCCGGACUGCUGGAGGCGGCCGCAGCGCCAUGUUGGAUGCUCUGCUCGUUGAGUGAAGAAAAUCCGUCCGCAUCGCCCGAGCCCCGCUACCGAGAAGGGCGCCGCUUCCCCCGGGGAGGGGGACAGAGACCCCCCGCCGCCGGCCCAUGAGGAUAUUGCCGUGAAAGGCUCAGCGGCUGCAGCAGGAACCGGACCCGGCACCGGAGCGGCGGCGGCAGCGGCAGCGGCGGCGGUACCGCCUCCUCACCCGGCGGCG